AUGGUGCUUGGCCUCCGAACCAAGACAAGGAAGGAUUCUGCCUUCCAUGUGGAUUUCAAUAUUCUCAUCCAAGAAAUCAGCCCAUGGCCUCCUUCUGAAUCCCUGAAGUCUUUGCGCUCCGUAGUACUCUUCUGGGAAAAUGGUGAGCGCAAUUCAGGGAAGACGAGCACUGUUGCGCCUUCAAUUGGGUCAGGUUCCGCAGCAGGGAAGAUUGAAUUCAAUGAGUUCAUAAAUCUACAGGCUGUUUUCCAGAAGGAGGGGUCAUCCAAGAGUGGAAAGUGGCAGAAGAACCUGCUUGAAUUGAACUUGUAUGAGCCGAGGAGGGAUAAGCUGAAGGGCCAGCAUUUGGGGACUGCAACACUAGACCUUGCAGAGCAUGCAAUGUUUCAUGAGGACACCAGUGUUCCUGUGCCUCUCAGUUCCAAGAGAAGUUUCAAAAACAAUGCCCAGCCCAUGGUUUACCUUCGAAUCCAGCCUUUGGAUGGAGAUAACUCAAGCGUUUCUUCAAGAGAUGCAUUAUCAAAAGAGGCAUCAAUUGAUAAAGAUUCAAAGGAAUUCGUCUCGGCAACGAUGAGUCAGGAGUAUACUGAAGAUACAGAGUUUGCUUCCUUUACUGAUGAUGAAGAAGCAGCAGCUCCAUACAUGUACCACUCGGGUGGAACUGCUCUCACAGGUAGCAGUAGAUCUCAGGAAUCCCUCAAGGGGAAGGAUAUCAGGUUAUCUGGUAAUGAAGGUACCAGCUCAUCGUUGGACUCCCAGCAUGAAGCAACGUCAUCCAGUAUGAAAGUGAGGAGUGAAGAAGUUGAAAAGUUUCCAAUUCAAGUACAGAAGCAAAAUGGCCAUCCAGCAAAUCUGUCUCUCUCAUCAGAUUUGCCCAGAGAACAAAAUCCGUCUCUUCCACCACACAAUGCAUUCAGAAGUGGUCGUAAAAUGUCAUUUGCGUAUGGUAUGACUGAAUCUAACCAAAGACAGUUUGGGGAGAGAACUUAUAGCACUUUAACUACUGAUAGAGCAAGGAAUAUGAGGUUCAGUAUGAGAGUUCCAGAUGUUAAUGGAAGUGUCAUAAAUAAGAAAGUUGAUUCCCAAAAGGAAGAAGUGAAAGAAGUUGAUUCCCAGGAUAUUGCAAUUACUCAUGAGAAUAAGGCCAGUGCUGAUGAUGGAUUGCAAGUCCAGGAGCCAAUACACAUUUCAAAUAAUCGAAAUGACAACAAAGUUCGAGAACUAGAACUUAAAAUUGAGUUGCUUGAAGCAGAGCUAAGAGAAGCUGCUGCUGCUGAGAUAGGCCUUUAUUCAAUAAUUGCAGAACAUGGUAGCUCAGUAAACAAGGUUCAUACACCAGCACGAAGGCUUUCCAGGCAUUUUGUGCAUGCACUUAAAAACUGUUCAAGAGACAAGAUGGGAAGUGCAGCAAGGAACGCAACCUCUGGGCUGGUUUUGGUAGCAAAAGCUUGUGGAUAUGACAUUGCAAGGUUGAGUUUCUGGUUGUCAAACUGUGUUGUAUUGCGAGCAAUUGUUACUGAAACUUCUAGGCAAUCGGGCACUGUAAAUAGCAUCAGUUCUGGUGAUUAUAAUUCCAAGACAACAUACAGGAAAAACUCUGCAUCAAUGUGGGAGUCACUUAAUAGGAAGAAAGGAAAAUUACUUUCCCCUGAGUUUGAUAACUGGGAAGAUGUUGACACAUUUAUAGCUGCACUAAAGAAGAUCGAAUCAUGGAUAUUUUCACGAAUUGUUGAAACCCUUUGGUGGCAGACAUUCACACCACAUAUGCAAUCUGCCAAUAUAACUGGUGAUUUGAAAAGUAUUCCAAAUCCAAAGAAAAGCUAUGGAAGAAUUACUGUUGUGGGCAACCAGCAACAAGCAACCGUAUCAACAGACAUAUGGAAGAAGGCCUUUAAGGAAGCGUCAGAAAGGCUUUGCCCAGUAAGGGCAGCUGGACAUGAGUGUGGAUGUCUGCCUAUGUUGACCAAAUUGGUGAUGGAGCAGUGCAUAGCUAGGUUGGAUGUAGCAAUGUUCAAUGCUAUUUUGCGCGAAUCAGAUGAUGAAAUUCCAACAGACCCAAUAUCUGAUCCAAUAACAGAUCCUAAGGUUCUCCCGAUCCCAUCUGGGAAAUUCAGCUUCGGUGCUGGGGUCCAACUGAAAAAUGCAAUUGGCAGCUGGUCUAGAUGUCUUACUGAUUUGUUUGGCAUGGAUAUGGACGACUAUCCAGAAGCUGAGAAUGGGAAUGGUGAAAAUGGCUUUGGUGAAUCUCUAAAGCCAUUCUAUCACCUAAAUGCACUGAGUGAUCUCCUGAUGCUCCCCAAGGAUGUGCUCAUGGAUACCAGUAGCAGGAAAGAGCUUUGCCCUACCUUUAGCUCAUCAAUCAUCAAGAACAUCCUGGAUGUCUUUGUACCAGAUGAAUUUUGUCCAGAUCCCAUUCAAGGUUCUUUACUUCAAGCACUAGAGUUGGAGGACCACCUGGAGGUUAACAAGGGCAUACGGUUGAUCCCCUGCAGCGUGUCGCCAAUUUUGUACAAUGCCCCUGCAUCUGGGGCAAUACUAAGUGUCAUCGGUGAUCCUAGGAAGAGCGGGUCCACCAUCCUUCGCAAGUCCAACACGAGCGAUGACGAGCUUGAUGAGCUGAGCUCCCCACUUACCUUCAUCUCCAACACCUCAUCAAACCCGCUUGCAAAGCUGAAGCGGAUCAGCAACUCGAGCACAACGAGGUACAGGCUCCUCCAUGAGGUGUGGAAGCUGGAUGACCAGUAG